AUGAACACAUAAGAAAAUGGUUUGCAAAAAAGGAUAAUUUAAGCUAGCAUCGCUAUAUACCAUUUUAACAAAAAUUUGUUAACUGGAAGUAUAACAAUUUUCUAAAAUUAAAUUGGUAUUACAAACAAUCUAUUUGAAAGUCCUUUAGAAUAUGAUAAAAUUUUAUCCCAAAAAAAAAACCAUUAGAAUAGCCUUGAUUAAUUGAUGGGUCAAUUUAUAAAUUCUACUUUAUUUUAAGAGGAGCAUUGGCAUUAUUUUACAAAGGGUUUUCUUUAGCUGUUGUAAGAAAUGGUAUUGUAAAUAUAUUUCUUAAUACUCUUAUGA